AUGGUUUAUUUGAAACAGUUUCCAAGACAAAACGUAACAUGUAAUAGCGGAUCCAACACUUGCUUGGAUGGUGCCUGUACUGGAUCAAUAUAUGCCCUGUAUGGGACCAAUGAAUGCGAAUGUCAUGACGAUCCAGAUGAGAUGUGCCACGUCUGUUGCAACAACAGCCUUGUGAGUCUAUAUUAAGUCGGUGGAAUUGCGACACUGUUUUAGAACCUCCAAGAAAUUAUUUCGUGUUUUUAUAUUUAUCGUUUUAAGAACCAAAUAGUAGAUUUUUAUUAUCCGAUCUACCCCUUGUCAAAACCCAUUUUCAAACAUGAACCUUACAUCGAUAUUUAAGAAGGCAGUUUGCUCCAGUGUGGGCAAAAAUAAUAGUAAAAAUAGAAAUAAAACCUUUUUUUUUAUGAAAAAAAUGCAAGUUUUCAAAAAAAAUGGCAGCAACAAAUCAGUAGCCAUGGUAACAUCAAUGUUGAGGUAACGGCACUAUGACUUUAAAAUGUUCCCAGAAAAAUUUCGCUAAGUUUGGCGGUCUAACUUGAACGGUUUUAUUAAGCCUUAUUCAAUUUAUUAGAGGGGGCGGUCUGAAUAGGGUUAAACAGAGAAUCUGCAAAUUUACGGCCAAAGCUAUCCCAUUUUAGCCCUCUCAAAUACUCUAAUGAUAGCAUGAACAUUUGGAGUAAAUCCGCUCGUAAAAGUGCGGUGCAGUAGUGCUUGCUGGGGGAAAAAUUCUUUGAAGGGCGGUGGUUGCCAUAUUUUUAUUGUUCCUGUAAUGUUCCUAGGCAAGCAGGGAAGUAAAAAAGAAAAGGAAACGAGAGUCCAUCUGAAGAGCCUCUUAUAACAAGGAGACAUAGCAUUGUGUAUUGUUGAUUUACUGUUGCAGGGAGUCUGUGUCAGCCAGCUACUAUCUGGGAAGGGUGUUUCUUAAGCGUCCCGGCAGCUCUUGCAAGCUUCAUACUGGGUGUUGCGACUCGUUUGGAUUCUGCAUCACAGUGGAUAGUGAUGACUUAAUGAACAGUCUCAGGGACGCCUUUAAAAGAUUAUUCUCCAAAGCUGCUAUGAACAGCUUGUGGGACUGGAUUAAGGGACAU